UGAGGUGGAGAUGUGGGGCAGAGAUGGGGCUUGGUGCACGUUGUCACCCUGCAGCACCGGAGGUGGCUGUCCUGAAUGCAGGAAGGGAUGGGGAAUGGCAAACCCUAUAUCCAACCCAAUGGUGCUUUGGGGUCGGAGCACAACGCGGCUGCUGGAGGCGCAGUGUUUGGAGAGCAAACAAAGCUUGAGGUGGCUCUAUAGGGCCGGUCUGUGUGCUUUGCUUAGGGGUGGGCACCCAAUCCCAAAUGCACAUCGAGUUUCAUGGCUGGUUGGUGUCCAUAUGGUGUCCAGGUGGCAUCUAAGAUGUAUCCGGAUGGUGCAGUGAGCUCCAGAAGAGGGUUUGCUGUUGGAGAUGGGCUGGAUCUCUCAGCUGGCAGAGCAGAGCCCACGUGGUGCCUUUAAUUCCUAUAUCCACGGCGUGAAAAGUCAGAAUCAGGAAAUAAAAAAACAACCCAGCCAACCAAAGGUGCUGAAUACAAUGCUGUGCACAGCAGGAAGAGAGUAGGUCAGGGUGCUGGGAGUUCCCCAGGCUGGUUUGUUUAGCUCUACUGUGAUUGCUAUUGGUUCUGAACCAGCCCGGAACCGAAACGUGACGGAAGGGCAAAGCUUGGGGCAAUCCUUUGUGGAAGGGAAGUGUGCAGCUUUGCUUGCUCUGCUGGUGCUUUUAUUCCCUUUAAAUCAAGAUAUAAGGGGAUUCAGAUUGCAGAGGGGUUGGGAGCAGAAAGCAGAGCCUGGUUUUGCAGGAAGAGGCAAAGCUCUGCUAUGGGCACCUCUAGGGGAAGCGCCGCAGGGAGGGGUGGGUGAACGAAAUACCUGCAUAGGAAAUCACUCUGAAAGUGCCUCUCUGGAACUGAAGGGAGCAAUUAGUGCCAGUCGCUGCUGGCAGGAGGAAAACCCGACAGCCUGUCCCUCUGUCUUGUUGCGUUCCACUGGUCUGCCCAUCUGCUCUGCCCGAGCACCGCAUGCAUGGUAUCCACCCGGGGUCACCAGGGAUGCAGUGAGUUGGCCAACACACAAUGGCCCCAUCUCGUACCAACGGGUCGCACUACGCACUGACGGCCAUUGGGAUGGGGAUGCUCAUCCUUGGCAUCAUCUUGGCUGUGUGGAACCUUGUGCCUGGCUUUGGACACCCUGAUAAAUCCAAUGCUGGGAAUAGCAGCAAGCCUGACCGCGGUGGUGGAGGUAUUUUUAAGAGCAAGACAUUUUCUGUGGCCUACGUGCUGGUUGGGGCAGGUUUGCUGCUGCUGCUGCUGUCCCUCUGCUUGAAUGUCCGUGAUAAGAAGAGGCAGAGUGAGGACAUCCCCAGGGUGAUACAGCACCAAGCGUCCGUGGAGCCUUCACAGCAGGAGGAGGACAGCCAAGAAGAGGAUGAAGACGUGUCCUCCCGCUACUACGUCCCCAGCUACGAGGAAGUGAUGAAUUCAGGCUACUCAGAGCCCCACGACCCGGAGCGGAACCGCAGGAUCAGCGUCUCGUUGCCCUCCUAUGAAUCACUAACAGGGAUUGAUGAGGGCACACAGCCCCCAGGAGCAGCCAGUGCAGAGCCAGGCACCGAGCGGCCACCAGGCCGGCACAACUCACGUCUCAGCAAGCGCCUGAAGCCCCUCAAGGUGCGGAGGAUCAAGUCAGAGAAGCUGCAUCUCAAGGACAUCCGACUCAACCUCGGUGAUGGGAGCAGCACUGGCCCCAUCACAAUUGAACCAUUGACCCCACCUCCAAAGUAUGAGGAUAUCCAGGAAAAAACACCGGGAAGCCAACAGUUGACUUAGAAAGGAGGGGUUGGUCAUUGCGAGGAUUGGAAGCACUCAGAGAGGGCUGGUCAUGGAGUGCAGGAGUGUUGGAUGCUCUCUGGAUGCUGAGGUACUGCUGUGGCGUGGCACAAAUAAAACUGGGUCUUCCCAGGGCAGCAUUAUAUCAAACACAAUGGGGAAAUAGCAAUGCUGUGAAGGACGUGAAGGCUGGAAGAGUUGGACAUCUAUUCUACAUUAAGUUAAGGACCACCUAACGUUAUCUUCUCUCCUUUGUGCCUUGCCCCAGCAAUGGGUUUCCAAGCCACCAAACUGCUAUUUAAUAAGUAUUUUCCAAGAGGAAAAGGGAAACACUCUGUCUUUUUUUUUUUUUUUUUUUUUUUUUUUUUUUUGAGUAAGG